AUGGUGUCCCACCUCAAGGUUGAAAAAGAAGUUAAGCACAAAGGCUUUUUCCCGCUGCCGUCGGUGUACUGCCUCGCGUGGAUCUGCCUGGACGUGCUCUUCUGCACCGCGUCCAUCAUGCAUCUGUGCACCAUCAGCGUGGACCGCUACCUCAGCCUGCGCUACCCCAUGAAGUUCGGCCGCAACAAGACGAGGCGCCGCGUCACGCUCAAGAUAGUGUUCGUGUGGCUGCUGUCCGUCGCCAUGAGCCUGCCGCUCAGCCUCAUGUACUCCCAGGACCACGACUCGGUGCUGGUGGACGGCACGUGCCAGAUCCCGGACCCGCUCUACAAGCUGAUCGGCUCCAUCGUGUGCUUCUACAUCCCGCUGGGCGUGAUGCUGCUCACGUACGCGCUCACCGUGAGGCUGCUCGCCGUGCAGCAGCAGAACCUGGGAGGGCGUCAGGCGGGCUGGUCCAGCGGCUGGCUGGGCACUCCCGGCACGCCGUCCCUCGGCGGCGCGGACCGCAACAGCACGUGGCGGCGCCUGCUCUUGCCGCUCAGCAGCCGUGCCCCGGCGCCGCACCAGCACCACUCGGCGGGCUCCACCGACACCGACCUCACCACGCUCGACGCGCACGAGCUGUGGCUGCCCGACUCGGCCGUCGCCGACCCGGCGCCCUCCACCAUGUCGGCGCUGCACCAGUUCGGCGUCGAGAUGCUCAAGCUGUCCAAGGGGCUGGAGGGCGUGGGGGCGCCGGCGCCCCGGGACCCGCCCCCGCUCAUCACCAGGUCGGGCGAGCACAGCGCCCCCGAGAGCCUGGCGGGCUCCAACACCUCGCUGCAGGCCACCCCCACGCACACCUGCUACCGGCUGGAGCGGCGGCCCUCCACCUUCCACGAGCGGCCCGUGUUCCGCGACCCGCCCCCGCCCCCGGCCCCGCGGCGAGGCGCCAGCUUCCACGGCCGCCGCCGGCCCGCCAGCGAGUCCUCCUCCUCCUCCUGCUCCGAGGAGCCGGCGGGCGAGGGCGAGGGCGAGGGCGAGGGCGAGGCGGGCCGCUACCACGCGCUGGGAGACGACGAGCAGGCCUCCGGCGAGGAGGAGACGGGGCUGUGCGCCGACCGGCCGCCGCAGGAGCGCAGGAAGUCUGCGCUGUCCUUCGCUCUGCCGCCGCCCUGCCGCUGCCCCUACUUCGGCGACCUUCCCGCCGACGCGAGGCCCGCGGCGACCGCCACCACGGAGCUGGUGAUCGUGGCGACGCCCGGCGGCAAGCUGGAGCACUUCUGCCUGCCGGCGACCCGGGGGGAGGACGAGGGGUGUCCGGACCCGGGCAGGAGUAGGAGCGCCAAGGCGCGGUUCAACCCGGGGGACGGCCUCGUGGUCAAAUGGGACUCUGGCGGCGGCCGCCGGGCGCACCGGAGGGGCUCCAGCUUCGGAGGAGCCGCGAUGCCGGCGCUGAAGACCUCGCCCAAGGCGCCGCUGAUACGCCGCGCCGCGACGCUGCGGCACUACAAGCUCGACGGCGGCAGCCCGGUGGCGUGCCUGCUGGCGCGAGGCAGGGCCGGCACCGUGCGCAACCACCACAGCCGCAACUCCAGCGUCAUCUCCCGGACCUCCUCCAGGCACGGCCGCAUCAUCCGGCUGGAGCAGAAGGCCACCAAGGUGCUCGGCGUGGUGUUCUUCACGUUCGUGAUCCUGUGGGCGCCCUUCUUCGUGCUGAACCUGGUGCCGACGGUGUGCGCCGACUGCGAGCGGCGCAUCGACCACGGCGUCUUCGACUUCGCCACGUGGCUGGGCUACGCCAGCUCCAUGGUCAACCCCAUCUUCUACACCAUCUUCAACAAGGUGUUCCGGCAGGCCUUCAAGAAGGUGCUGCUGUGCCGCUACCGCAACCAGACGUGGCGUCCCGCCAGGUAG